CCGACGUCGACGGGGUGGUUUUCCCUAGCGUCCCGAGGACUCGCUUGCGUCUGACGUUGCUCACGCCGCCAUGUGACCGCGGAUCUGCGACACACCGUCGAAUCAUGGACCAUUUCGAAUUGAUGCUUUCCACACGAUCUUGUCACGCAACGUCAACCCUCUAGCUUCGAUCCAAAGCUGAAACGAACUCUUAAGCGAUCUCGAACGUUUUCGGACCAUUUUUAGAACAGUAGAACCGUCUGCGACUCGAGGGAACGCUUCGGACACAAAUUUUGCGGUGCUGUUAGUUAUCGUUCGUUCGCGCGAAUCAUGCGAACGCAGUAAAAGCGAACGAUGCUUUCGCGCGUAAAAGAAAAGUGAGUAGGUUCGCCGGAGCCAGCUCACCGCCGCGGCGUUAGGGGCAGAAAAACGGAGGCGAGUGGUGCGUUUUUUGCGCGCAUGAUUACACCGGUGCGUGAUGUUAUUUUGUGAAACAAUGCGGCGGGAUGUUGGAUACCAUAAUUUGCUGCGGUGCAAGUUCUUCAUGCUGCUGGUGCUCGUCGGCUGCAGCGAUGGAUAUUUGAACAUCUUUAUCAGCAAGUCCCAGGUCAUGAAACUGCUCGGUCUCACUGGCGAGUUGUACUACGUGCAAGAGGGGGUGGUCAAUACAUACGCGAUGAAGUUCGUCGUGCCGGUGCAGUCUAACGUUCAAGACCUCGAGUUCUCUUGGCAGAGCCUGGUCGGACAUCCGCUACCGUACUCGAUGAAGUUGGAUUAUGGCACGAUGGGUGUCCCGGGUGGCGUUUCCGGAAUGGUGCCUCUGUGGCGGCCCACGGUGAACGUGUCAGCCAAAGGAGAGGUGCCCGUCACGUUGCAAGUCUUCAGGAUUCGGCUACUGUGCUCGGGCCGCGUCAGCGCCGAAAUUCCUUUAGCCCUGAGCUUGAACGUCACUGCCCCACCUGGAACCAAAUACAACGACACCAUUCUCGUGUUCAAGAGAAAUAAAAUCUGCUUCAAAGAUAACGGAGGAAUGGAGACCACUCCGAGGAACGACUCGGUUCGUUUGGAACCAGGACCCCUGGUAAACGGUGCCGGGGCACUUUAUAUUGCUGCGACUUGUGCGUGCGCCUUAAUAUUAGUUGUCGGCAGUGUCGUGAGCGCCUUGUACAUUCGCAACAGCAAGGCUCGCAUACAGGAAUCACAGAAAACACUGCCCUGCUGCAGCUAUUCAGCGGCAGACACCGGCGGCCUGGCCAGAAGUUCUGUUCUGGUUAGGGUCGACCCACGACCCGGAAGCGCGAAUUCCGGAAGUUACGCGACCAUUGCGGACCUGGAGCCGCUCUAUGCGAGACCCUGCGGUUCCAGAGCGAGUUACUACGCCUCCAGCCAUGUGACGCAUCUGAGCCAGACGAACGAUCCCUGCGAGAAGGCCAGGGCGCUGGCCGUGUCCAGGUCCGCCCUAUACUGCCGCAACCUUGUACAGGAGGGCACCUUCGGACGCGUUUACAAGGGGACCAUGGAGCUGGCUGGCCGUGAACGGGAGGUCAUCAUUAAAACUGUCACAGAAGUGGCGUCCGCUUAUCAAGCGUCUUUGCUGGUGGUGGAGGGCUCCCAGUUGGCUGGAUUAAUGCAUUCAAACAUAGCGUCGCUGGCUGCAGCCUGCUUGGACAGUUCUUGCCCGUUGCUGGCGUACACCAGCACGGCAGGAGAGCUGAAUUUAAAGUUAUACCUUACCGACGGGAAUCAUCAUCCUGUGACCAGGGACCUCGUGCACGUUGGCACUCAGGUCGCCAGGGCAGGGGCGUUCAUGCACGGCCGAGGACUCUUACACAGGGAUAUCGCCGCCCGAAAUUGUCUGAUCGAGCCGAGCAGUCUUCGAGUGCGGCUAGCUGACACUGCUCUGGCGCGAGAUCUCUUUCCUCAGGAUUACCAUUGUCUUGGCGAUAAUGAGAACAGACCCAUUCGCUGGAUGGCCUUGGAAACACUCCAGCACAAUCAAUACAGCACGGCUACGGACGUGUGGUCGUUCGGAGUGUUUCUGUGGGAGCUAGCAACUCUGGGCCAGCAGCCGUACGUCGAAGUGGACCCAUUCGAGAUGAUGGCGUGUCUUCGGGACGGCUAUCGAUUGGCUCAACCUAGGCCGUGUCCGGACGAGCUUUUCGCCCUGAUGGCGGUCUGCUGGCUAGGCCUGUCCAGGGACCGGCCGACGAUGCCUCAACUGCUCGCCUAUUUGCAAGAUUUCCACGACGCUCUCGGCGGUUUCAUCUAAACCAUCCGACCAACCGUCCGGCCAUUAUCGGAACAGCUGUGCUCAGCUCGGACACGAGCGACAUUCGCGAGACUUUCUCCGCCCGAACAAUUUCGAGAAGUGAACAGAUCUGCAGGCCCGAACCGAUCGGGAAGAACAAUGACUCUUUGUUAAUGAGACGGCGAGAGGUGUACGCGACGAGGACGCGGACUGCGUCGGAAAGUACGCGGAAGCUCGCGACGAUUGGCUCGUUCACGACUGAAACGAAAGUUCAAAGUGGAAAAUCAAACCGUGCGCAAUUAAAAAUCUCUGCCCAUCCGCGAUUAUCGAUUGUAACCGGCGAUACUACUCGACAACCCCCUCCCCUCCCCCCUGCCGGCAUGUGUCGGACGUUUUCGCGUAUUGUUUUAGGGAUUCCGUUUCGAGGACACAGGAGAAUCAAAACAGACGGGUCGACGUAGGUCCGUUGAUUCGAUCGAUUUUUGGACUGUUGUUGCCACUGUGAUCUGGAUCGAAGAAUUUACCGACACUUUUCGAUACGAGUCUUCAACGUCAUUCGGAAUUCGCAGCGAACCGUGCUACAGAAUAAUACGGCUUCGAUGCAGCGUGUAGCUUCUGCGUGUUAUCUUUUCGAAAUUCGUUCGAUACUGUGGACUUAAUUGGCUGAAACAUAUUUCGCAUCUUGCAGAAAUCUCUAGUGACGAGUUUCACUUCGUUCGAUCAAAGAAAUGUGAAAUCGUGUUUAUGAUCGUUUCUCGGUGCAUUUAGGUGUGCACUGUUAUAAUUGCUCGGAUGAAUUUUUGGCAAAUAUCAAUGAUAUACUUACUUGAAUUACUAAUUCGUGAUAUUUCUCUAUCUCUGAAAUUCAAUUAAAUAAUUGCAGUGAUCUGCGUAAGAUUGCAAAGAUAGCCUCUUACAAAGAUAGAAUGUCGUAUCCUUAAAGCAAACACAUCCUGCUUAAUUUAAUUGCUACUUAUUAACAUGAAGGAAAAACAUUAGACUGAGUCAACAUAGUGUAUGAAAAACAAGGAGCAUAAAAAGCAUAAUGUUACUUUAAAUUUGAACUGUUAUUUUCAGAAUAAGUUCUAAUUUAAAGUUGUUAUGAUUACUUUAAAUUCAAACAGCUAUUUUCGAUACAAGUUUCAAUUUAAAAUACUCUUGUUAUAAUUUCGUCAUAUUACUUCAUAUUACUUCAUGCUUUCAGAAUAAGUUCUAAUUUAAAGUUGUUAUGAUUACUUUAAAUUCAAACAGCUAUUUUCGAUAUAAGUUUCAAUUUAAAAUACAUUUGUUAUAAUUUCGUCAUAUUACUUCAUAUUACCUCAUGCUUUCAGGAUAAGUUCUAAUUUAAAGUACUGUUGUCAUAAUUG